GCUUAAGUCCCUUAUUAGAUGGCUACUAAAUCCUUCUCUCUGAACGUGUAUUAUCAUCGAUUCUCGCUCAUGUUAUUGGCUCUGUGCCUUCAGAUCACAUGACCCGAGAUCAUGCAUGAAUAUGCCUUUUUAUGUGCAAUAUCGUUACAUUAUUGUUUUAUUUAACUGCACAAGCCGGCCUAAGCACAACAACGGUGCCAGUAAGUCUCUCAGUGAUACAUCCAGGCGUCAAGACGCGGUGCUGAAAGAGUUAAUCAGAUGUGGAGGAGAGCGCUGAGCUGCCAUGGAUCCACCUUCAGAGGGAUGCGGUGCCUGCUCACACAGCUGACUGGGAAACACAGAUACAACAAUGGAAGAACACAGGACCAACUGUAGUCCAUAACCCUGGAUAUUUCCCUGAUUCCUCAACCGAAAGUCACCAUGGAGAAAUCCUUGACAGAGUUAAAUAAAGCUAGUUCCCACUCGACAACGUCGCUGCCACCAGAACCGGUGGACAUCAUUCGCAGCAAGUCCUGUUACCGCAGAGUCAGGCUGAAUGUGGGGGGUCUCCCGCAUGAGGUCUUGUGGCGAACGUUAGAUAGGCUACCACGAACACGUUUGGGAAAGUUAAGAGAUUGCAACACCCAUGAAUCUCUGAUGGAAGUCUGCGAUGACUACAACCUUGAGGAGAAUGAGUACUUUUUUGACCGACACCCGGGGGCGUUCACAUCCAUUCUGAACUUCUACCGCACAGGUAAGCUGCACAUGAUGGAAGAGAUGUGCGCCCUGUCUUUCAGCCAAGAACUCGACUACUGGGGCAUUGAUGAGAUCUACCUGGAGUCGUGUUGCCAGGCAAGGUACCACCAGAAAAAGGAGCAAAUGAAUGAGGAGCUCAAACGAGAGGCCAACAAUAUGAAAGACAGAGAAGGGGAAGAAUUCGACAACACGUGCUGCGCCGAGAAACGAAAGAAACUUUGGGACCUCCUGGAAAAGCCCAGCUCAUCUGUUGCAGCAAAGAUCCUGGCCAUCAUCUCCAUCCUCUUCAUUGUGCUAUCCACCAUUGCCUUGUCUCUGAACACCCUUCCAGAGCUGCAGGACACAGAUGAGUUUGGCCAGUCUUCAGACAACCCACAACUGGCCCAUGUGGAAGCUGUAUGUAUUGCCUGGUUUACCAUGGAGUACUUGCUUCGCUUCCUCUCCUCCCCCAACAAGUGGAAGUUCUUUAAGGGUCCUCUCAACGUCAUUGACCUGUUGGCCAUCCUGCCGUACUACGUCACCAUCUUCCUGACAGAAUCUAACAAAAGCGUGCUGCAAUUUCAGAAUGUCCGCCGCGUAGUACAGAUUUUCCGGAUCAUGCGUAUCCUGCGUAUCCUGAAGCUGGCCCGUCACUCCACGGGGCUUCAGUCUCUGGGCUUCACUCUUAGGAGGAGUUACAAUGAGCUGGGUCUGCUCAUUCUUUUCUUGGCCAUGGGCAUCAUGAUCUUCUCCAGUCUGGUUUUCUUUGCUGAGAAAGAUGAGGAGGAUACAAAGUUUAAAAGCAUCCCAGCAUCUUUCUGGUGGGCUACUAUUACUAUGACCACAGUAGGCUACGGAGAUAUCUACCCAAAAACUCUACUGGGGAAGAUAGUGGGGGGUUUAUGUUGCAUAGCUGGAGUACUGGUGAUUGCCCUACCUAUUCCCAUUAUUGUAAAUAACUUCUCUGAAUUCUACAAGGAGCAGAAGAGGCAGGAAAAAGCACUUAAACGAAGAGAAGCCCUAGAGAGGGCAAAGAGAAAUGGUAGCAUUGUCUCAAUGAACUUGAAAGAGGCAUUUGCUCGUAGUGCAGAACUGAUGGACGUGGUGGUAGAGAAGAGUGAGAGGCCUCAUGACAACCAGCUCUCUCCAAGCCGUUGGAAAUGGACUCCCAAGAGAGCCACAUCAGAGACAAGCUCAAAUCGUUCUUUCAACGCACAGGAAUUAGGCUCUCCCAACAAGGGCCAAGACACAAGUCCCCAGAGGUUAAAUGUUCAGAAGCUCGAGGAGAUGUACAACCAGAUGGCCAAGACACAAUCCCAGCCAAACCUCAAUGCUAAAGACAGGGGCUCCAGAGUUGGCAAACAGAGGGAUGAGAUAGAGCUGGGGGCCAUCCAAGAUCACGGGCCACCAGUACUAGGAACCAGAGAAGGAAUAGGGGACAUGAAAAGCUUGUCUAGCAUUGACAGUUACAUCAGUUGUGCUACGGACUUCCAGGAGAAUCCACGCUUCCCCCAUAGUCCAGCAAUGGACAUUGGUCUCCAGGAAAGCAACCGGUUCUCCCACAGUCCGGCAAUUGCUGUGUCCCAGCACGGCAGUUCAAAACCAGGCCAGCAAACCACCACUGGGGAGCGUGAGCGCAUGAUGACCCCUGUGUCUAUCACAAAGCCCUCAUGCUCAGACAAUGCACGGAGAUUCUUCUUUUCUGGCAACUCCUCAAAAAUCCUUAUCCCCAAAGGAGGCUGUCGCAGCGAGGGGGAGUCAGGCCCAUCCCCGCUCUCAGACAGCUCUGUCCUGUCAGACCACUCUCUGCUAAGCCCUGAAGUUUCUAUCUACACCACUGCCAGCAGCAGAACCCCACCCAAGUCCCCAGAGAGCUCUACCCUGGCCGCAACUGUCUUUACCUUCCACGACUCCUCCAUCAGCAAAUACAUCGACGCUGAUACAGAUGAUGAUGAGCACCUCCGUGACGUCUCCGAUGCCAGUCCCUCAGAGCGUCUUUUUGCUGGUUCCAGCCCAAAACGGAGCAUUAACAUCAAUUACCAGAAAGGCGCCAACCAUUUAGAAGCUGCCCAAAAAAUGCUGGGCCAGAACUGUCUGUUCCCUAUCGAAGGGAUUCGUGGGAUAGCUCACGAGAAUCACGUAGGACCUGACAUGGCCCGUAGACCAAAAGUUGAAAGGGGGCGUCAAAAUACUUUGGAUAAAAGCCUCUGAGGUACAAGUGCGGCAGAAAUAAACAGGAAACUGGAGCCAGAGUGUUUAUGAUGAAGACACUGGACGGACUAAAAACACUCUGUAAGCCAGAGACAAAGGAAGAGGUAGAGACAAAGGGUCUCACUGAAACAUUUCACAAAUAUCCUGAGCAUGCCAUUGGGCACAAAGCUCAGGGUCGACAUGUGUGGCGAAUACUCUGGGAGAAAGACACUUCUAAAUUGGAGAAUGUCACUGCCCCUCCUUCAACUCAUUCCUAUUAGUGGUAUUACACAAAACAACAGAGCACUCCCAGGUAGCCAACAGGUCUGUUUACAGAUCCCUGUGGAAGCAGACUCAUUAGAGAAAUUGAGAUGUGGCUAUAACUGGUGUAACCAAACUGAAUUAUGGUUUUAGCGGCAGGGGGAUAUCUCUAACCUCUCCAGGAAAAAAAAAAUCCCAGCUACCCACUAUCCCAUUACUGAGUCCCAGUUCAUUUUGUAGUCUUGGAGAUACAGGAGAGGACCUAGAAGCCUAUAAGCUACUUACUUGUGCCCUCCAUUCCCAAAACUGGCCUUAGUCAUUUACAUUUGUAGGGGUGUGCAUGUCUGCAUAUACUGUAAGCGUGUGUGUGUGCAUGUGUGUGAGUGAGUGUGAAUGUUGAUGGGUGAUCUAAAGGUAAUUCAUGUAUACACACUCUUGAGAUUGUCUUACCUGAUUUAUUUUUAUAUAGAUAAGAGAAAGUUCCUUAUAGAAAUAUGUGAUUUGCUAGUCUGCUGUGUCAAAAUCAUAUGUGAAGAGUAAUCCUGUAUAAGGUUCAAUGUCUUGGCACAGAGGCUCCAGCCCAUCAUUCAUUAUAAAGAGCGCUCUUUCUUGAACAGUAUUUUGCUAUCCCCUAUGUUACCAUAUCAUGGUGAGAAUGGAUGAUACUUUCAAAUCUUGACCAGUGAAUAUCGUUUUAGCACCUCCAUAAUUUCUAAGGGAUGGUAGUUGUAGUGGACCAAGAAUUUUUGAUAUGGGCUAACAUUAGAGCCAGAAAUAAUAAACUUGAUUGCUGCAUAAAGCGCACAUUUAUGAAGCACGCAUGCACCCACAGGUCAACAUACAAGAACAUGAAAACAUAUGAAAAUCCUUUAAUAUUAUUGAUUUUGGUUUGUUUUUACAGCAUAUGAUUACUGACAUAAAGUUAAAAUUUCAGUAACAGAUGUUCAGCAUGCAUUGGCCUUCCUUUGACCAACAGGAAAACAUCCACAGAGGUCACACUGUCAGAACAAAAUAUGUGUGUAUUUGAUACUAAAAGCUUUCCAUGCCUACUUUGUUACUUCGUUCCUCAAAUGUAGUUUUAAUGGCAUUAAUAUACAGCACCUGAUUAACUUUACCAUGAAUCAGUUGUAGAUGCUGAUGACUGAUGAAAUCCAUGCAUGAGCACACACACCCACUAAAGACACAUUUAGGUGAAAAAGACCAUUUUCACGAUACAUAGAUACAUUUAGUUUCCAUGGUGACUGCAGCUGUCCUCAAAGGCUGACGGAAGCUUGGCAACGGUUUUGUAAUUGGGGCGGAAAGGUCUGAUUGCAUGUAAUGUAUGUUCAACACAUGUACAAGAACACACACAUACAGGUAUGUACCCAUGAAGUGGCAGGUAUGCACAGUAGUCAUGUGUUAGCAGAGCCACGCCUCACUGUGCAUAUUUAUGAGUAGGUUGUUAAAGCAGCAUUAUGAUGUAAGGAACUUGUAUGUUAUGUUAAUGUCUAAAAUAUAUGUAGCAUUUCAUAAAUACUACAAUUCCCCACAAUGCAUUCUCUAUUAUCUGUUUCAACAUAGCAGAGACAAACAGACAUAUUACAUGAGUGACCAUACACAGAAAAUACAGAGACAAAAGUGCUGUAUUUUAACCAUAAUCCCAACCUUAAAAAUGCUAAUUAAAUCAAAAAUCAACUUUACUUUAUAUAGACCAUGCAAACACGAACAGAGGAAGUAUAAAGAGUUAACAACACAUUGUUCUUUCAGCCCCUUUAAAUCUAAUUUCAAUACUUUUUUGUAACACCUUUUAAUUUCAAUCCUAACUUUCUCUAGUGUUAAAGUCCUCCUCCAGGCAGUUUUUAAAAAUACUUGAUUAAUAUUUUCUUUAACAUGGUUUCUCAUUAAACAUAAAAAAGAAGGCUGGAUCUGGUUUCGCUCCACCAACCAUUGCUGCUUACGCUAUGUUAACUGUUGAAAUAGCAGUGCAACUAACAGACUGCAGGGAUAGUGACCCGUCUUGUCUAUAUUCUCAGUUCGAGAAAAUAAAGGAGAGAUUCAGCCAUACACGUUUGAGCCUCGAGAUUCAGACGAGGAGUCUCUUUUGCACCAAAAUUGGUGAUUAGCAGAGGUAUCAGAAUGGUAAAUGUAGUGAGUGUCUUUUAUGUUGUUAGCUUGUUAACGUCUUAUCUGUGCGCAAAAUUUCAGCUUUCUUUUAUGGCUGUUAAUUGGCUUUGUUGUGACAUACCUAAUCUAGCUUUCUCUGCAUAUGUUUGAAUCUCACACAGUGCACAGACAACUCUGCCUUCUGUAGAGAAAUAUGAAAACGCCUCUCUAGUCACAUACUUUGCACAGACACAGAUUAAUAAUAGUCAAUGUCAGCCAUUUUAAGGGAGAUAACACAUUUUUAAGUGGAGGGGAACUUUAACAAAAGCUUCUCAAGUAUGUGGAUGAAAGGUACAAAUAGAAGAGGUCACGGCUCUGUUAUAAAUGUAGGUGUUGAGUAAAAUUUAUCCAAAAGUCAACAGAAGGUGAUCGACAUACAUUUUUUAGAGUUUCUUGUUCAGAGUCUAAUCAAAAACCCUGAUUUCAUUUCCUGUUUUAAUCACAGAGUUGAACCAUUUCAUAUUGCUCUCCCAUAGUGAGAGAAGCUGAGGUGUGAAAGGAAUAGCAAUGACUGUGAGAGGCAGAGGGAACCGUGUGUGUGUGUGUGUGUAUGUGUGUGUGACAGCUGUAAAGCCAGGGCAUUAGAGCAGUGUGGCUGCUGCUUAAUGGAAAAGAAUGAACUGUUUAUGAAUGUAUGCAUGUUGGGGAAAUCCUGCUUCUGUUUUCUCUAUUUUCUAUCUGCAGAUCUGACUCUAACAUGCAGCAGUAACACAGAUUGUACUAUAAUCAUAGGGGAAAUUAAGAUUACUUUAGCACACAUUUAAUGUUUGAAGUACAGCGUAAUUUACGGCUGAGAAGCGAGGGAUGGGGGUGCAUUUGAUGGAUCUUAGUUAACACACGUUAUAUAAUUAGACAGGCAUGGAUAGUUUGAGCUUGCGAUUCAUUUUAAGCAGCUUUAUACACUAUGUAUCACAACAUUAAUUUAUUUUAUUCAGCUGGAAUAUAUCACUUUUGUCUUUUGUUGCAUAUAAAUUAAAGACUGUGCUAAUAUGGGAAAUUAAAAAAACAACCCUCAAAUGAUUUUAAAAGAUAAAAUAAGGCAUCGUCUGCAAAGAGGUGUUCCAAAUUAUUACAUUUGACUUUUAAAAUGACAAAAUAUCCUAUUGAAUAACAAUUUAUUGCAGAUAUCUUUGAAAUUCUCCUGAGACGUGAAUGGCUGCUCCAUGGGUUAUAUUCAUACAUUGGUUAGGGUUAGAUUCUUUCCACAUUGAACUUCUUCAUCACAUAACAAGUCGGAAGUGGCAUUAACAUGACAAACAUGCAAACCUAGUCCAUUACAUUUUAUUUUCCUUUGGUUAACUGACACCAUUAUCAGUGAGACACACAUUUGGUUCAUAGACCACCAGUUGGUUGUUAGAUCCUGAAUAAUUUUUCAUUUCUUAAUAUUCCAAAAAGUCAAAGCCAAUGUAUGCUGGCAUCUUUUACCCUGUUACACCUUAAUGUCUGUUGAGAUUUCAACAUGUUUUCCUAAGUUGUAGAGAAACAAAUUAGUCAGACAUGUCC